AUGUCCCAACCAAAGAUUCUCUUCCUCCACGGGUCUGGUACCAACCCAGAUAUUUACCGUCUGCAAACCCGCAAACUCGCCGAGCACCUCCGCCCGCACUUCACCCUCCUCUACCCAGCAGCACCCAUCCCCCGCGACGCCGGCCCGGGCGUCCUCCCCAUCUUUGCAGGCUGCGACCCCUUCCUCACCUGGCUCGACGACACCUCCACCACAACGGAGCGCGCAUUCUGGGGGGGCGCACGGGCUGAUGGUGAUACUGUCGAUAGCAGUGACAGCGACGAGGAUGACGCCAACACGGGUGGUUUCCAACGGCUCGUGGACGAGGUGAAAAGUUACGGCAAGGGGGUGGUAGCACUGGUAGGGUUUUCCAUGGGCGCCAAGGUCGGGAUGGAAGUAGUCCGGCGGUUAGAGGCCGAAGGGAUAAGCGAGAUCAAGAUUAUGGUGUCAGUGUGCGGGACUGUGCCCUACCAAGGUGGGGGGCGGAAAUGGGUUGGUCAGGAGGAGUCCGAGGCCGGGGAAAGGGGUUAUCAGGAGAGGAUAGGGAUGGGGGUGGUCAAGGCGCAGAGUGUGCAUUUGAUUGGGGAGCGGGAUCCGUGGCGGAGUGAGAGUGAGCAGUUGGUGGAUUUUUUUGAGGAGACGAGGAGGACGGUGGUUGUGUUUCGAGGGGGACAUCAUAUGCCGGUGGAGGAUGCGUUGAAUGGGAAGGUGGCGAGGAUGAUUAUGACGGCGUGUUGGAGGAAAUGA